GCGCUUCUUGGCGGAUAAAAGGAAGCUUCUUUGAAGCGAGCUCUUGCCAUUCGUCGCUGACCACAGACUACCAUGUCGACGCGCAAAGGUAUUUUGCUUGCAACUGCUGCCAUCUACGCUUUUUGCUUUUGUCCCAGCUUCACACAGGCACAGCAUUACCCAGAAGUGCCACCGGAUCUGCAAAAGUAUCAAGAUCCAUUGACGUGCACAGAGACACCAGACAAAUGGUACAUGAUGUACAGAAAUUACCCGUACGAUCCAUUCUACGGCGGAGCGGCGAAAUGUGUCAGUUUCCAGAGGCUUGGACCAAGCAAAGAUUUCGCAGUUCCAUCAAAGUUCUCAUGGCACACUAAGGGAGCUGGAACUCAGUCAGUUGUCGGCACGUAUGUAUCCACUUCGAUGCCCGGAUACAGAAACAAAAAUUUGCACACCUUCUUUCCUAAGAAUGCUCCAUAUGCUUGGCAGAAGUAUACGGUGUUUGUAGACUGCGGCAACUGCUACAUUGGUCGUCAUCCUUACGCUGGACAUGGCUGCACGUUGUGGCGCCGUGCGCAAAGUGGCGUCGUUAAAGGCACCGACCACUGUGACUUUAUCUUCGUCUUACUCUGCGGCUCAUUUCCGAAGUACACAGUGUACGAGCCAACCUGUCCACGUGAGCUUGGCAAAGGCCCAGUGGAAGCUCUGGAGGGGAUCAGUGGGCACGGUGUUGGCGAGAUGACGCUUUCCACAAGAGCAGCUCGGUCAGGGCGUAAAAAGAAGCUUAAGCGUAUCCCACUCCAGUGUUGCCAACCGCAGGGUGAUUACCCUGCCAGGACUACUGCCAUGUCUGCGCUUAAGAGUACUUUACUUGCAACUCCUGCCAUCUACGCUUUUUGCUUGUGUCUCAGCUUCACACAGGCACAGUAUUACCCAGAAUUGCGAUUAGAUCUACAAAAGUAUCAAGAUCCAUUGGUGUGCCGAGAGACACCGGACAAAUGGUACAUGGUGUACAGAAAUUACCCGUACGAUCCAUUCUACGGCGGAGCGGCGAAAUGUGUCAGUUUCCAGAGGCUUGGACCAAGCAAAGAUUUCACAGUUCCGUCUAAGUUCUCAUGGCGCGCUAACGGAGCUGGAACUCAGUCAGUAGUCGGCACUUAUGCUUUCAGUUCGACGCCUGGGUACAGAGUGAAAAAUUUGCACAUCUUCUUUCCUAAGAACGCUCCAUUUACUUGGCAGAUGCACACACUUUAUGUUGACUGCGGCAACUGCUACAUUGGUCGUCAUCUAUACGCUGGACACGGCUGCGCAUUGUGGCGUCGUCCGCAAAAUGGCGUCGUGAAAGGUGCCGACCACUGCGACUUUAUCUUCGACUUACUCUGCGGCUCAUUUCCGAAGUACACAGUGUACGAGCCAACCUGUCCACGUGAGCUUGGCACAGGCCCAAUGAAGGCACUCGAUGUGACCAGUGGCUGACGAGUUCUUCUCGACAUCGCAGAUGCAAGCUAUGUGCAUGACUACUGCAAUAAAGCGUGAACUUGUCGGCAAUA